CAAAUUAAUAAUGCAAUCUUGCUUUCCAUUCUCCCAUGAAUUAUGAUCUCAAUUUAAAUACGAUUUCUUCUACGCGAUAUUCAACUUUAUAGCGGGAUUCUUCUUCGCUCUUUCGCUGUUCUUGAUGCGUUGAUCUGCUCUCCUUAGGGUUUCCCUUCGAUCGACCCUGCUCGAUCUAGAGCUGCAAUUAGGGUUCCGGCGAUGUUCAACAAGAUCAUAAAGCGGGGCAGUCGCGCGCCCGGUCCCAAGGCGGAAGCCGCCGGCUUAGCCUCCGAUGGUGAAGCCGCCGUCAACCACGCCUCCAGCCCCGCGGCCGCCGCCCCGCAGAUCGAGUCCCUCCCGCUGUUGCGCGACGUGCCGGCCCCCGAGCGGCCCGCGCUCGCCCUCCGCAAGCUCCGGAUCUGCGCCGUGCUCUUCGACUUCUCCGACACGAUCGAGUUGGCCCGCGAUAAGGAGGUGAAGCGGCAGACGAUGUUGGAGCUCGUCGAUUUCAUGCAAUCGGGCUCCGGGCGGCUCACGGAGCAGGUGCACGAGGAGCUCGCCCGCACCGUCGCCGUCAACAUCUUCCGCGCCCUCCCCCCUGCCUCCCACGAGAACACCGGCGCGGAGCCCGCCGACCUGGAGGAGGAGGACCCGUAUCUUGACCCCGCCUGGCCGCACCUCCAGCUCGUCUACGAGCUCCUCCUCCGUUACGUCGUGUCCUCUGACACUGAGGCCAAGGUCGCCAAGCGCUACAUCGACCACUCCUUCGUGCUCCGCCUCCUCGACCUUUUCGACUCCGAGGAUCCCCGCGAGCGCGAGUACCUCAAGACCAUCCUUCACCGCAUCUACGGCAAGUUCAUGGUCCACCGUCCAUUCAUUCGCAAGGCCAUCAAUAACAUCUUCUACAGGUUCAUCUUCGAGACCGAGAGAUACAGGGGGAUCGGCGAGCUCUUGGAGAUCCUUGGAAGCGUCAUCAACGGAUUCGCCUUGCCGAUGAAGGAAGAGCACAAGCUCUUCCUCAUCCGUGCUCUCAUCCCGUUGCACAAGCCGAAGCCUGUGGCCAUGUACCAUCAGCAGCUCUCCUACUGCAUUGUGCAGUUCGUCGAGAAGGAUUUUAAGCUGGCGGAUACAGUCAUUAGGGGGCUCCUGAAGUAUUGGCCUGUUACUAAUUGUCAGAAGGAAGUUCUAUUCCUUGGGGAGUUGGAGGAGGUGCUGGAGGUUACGCAACCGGCAGAGUUCCAACGCUGCAUGGUUCCCUUGUUCAAGCAGAUUGCUCGCUGCCUCAGCAGCUCGCAUUUUCAGGUGGCGGAACGGGCUUUGUUUCUGUGGAACAACGAUCACAUUAUCAGCUUAAUUGCACAAAACCGCGGUGUGAUACUGCCCAUCCUAUUCGAGGCACUAGAGAAGAACAUGCAAGGCCAUUGGAACCAAGCUAUUCACGGUCUAACAGCUAAUGUUCGCAAGAUGUUCUUUGACAUGGACAGUCAUCUGUUCGAAGAGUGCCAGCGACAACACCUAGACAAAGAAGAAAAAGCCAAAUAUUUGGAAGAGCAAAGGGAGUCGGCAUGGAGAAGUAUAGAAGCUGCUAUUCAAUCCAAGGUUUCAGAAGACAUGGUCCUAGCCAAUUAGCCAAAUUUUUAUGAUGAAGCACAGUGGAAUCCAUGAAUUUUUGGCUGAACAGGAGCAUCAGAGAAGUAUGUUGACUUCUGCACCUUCACAUUUCAAAUCAUCAGGAUAUAUAUACCAAAAAAAAGUCUUCUUGAGGAUUUCAGUAAGUCAAAGAAAUCUGCCAUCUCAACCAUUUAUGUUUUAUGUUGUUCAAAGAUGGAUCACAAGUGUGGUAGAGCUUUAAUUAUGCAUUGCGAGGGUGAGAGGUCAUAGAUGUCAUAAUUACGACCAAAGAGUGGAGGCUCUUAGAAGGGGACCGUUUCCCAAAAAAAAAAUAUCUUUGUUUUUUUCUUUU